AUGGAUGAGCUGGUAGGAGUGAGAGUAACCUCAGUUACCAACCAGACCGCUGAUGAUGAUAUCAAUCAAUGUGAUCAGACAGACGCAAAGGCUCACCUCUUCUUCAUGGUGGUCUACACUUUGGUGUUUGUAGUGGGUUUGGUCCUCAACAGUCUCACCCUGACGGUUUACUUCUGCUCAGCUCAGCAGCAGGUGUCCAGCAUCAUGAUGGUUUACCUGAAAAACCUGGCAGCCUGUGACUUCCUGCUCUGCCUCUGCCUUCCCCUCCGCAUCAUCAAGUACAUCAGCAGCUUCGUCACCUUCCACCUGGUUUACUGCAACUUUGCCGUCUUUGGAUUGUACCUCAACAUGUACGCAAGCAUCCUGUUCAUGGGUUACAUCGCUGUUAACAGGUAUCUGAAGAUCAUCUAUCCUUUAGGAAAUCACUUCCUGCGGACAGUUCAGGCUGCCCGCAUCAUCUCCACGGUAACCUGGGUUUUCCUGCUGGCCCCAGUGAUCUCGUACGUCACCAUGUCACUCCUCACACAGGAAGCUCCGACUGUUGUCACUAACAGGUGUGAAAGCUUGCACAGCUCCCAGGUCACUGUAUUCUACAAAAUCAUCCACAUCUGCUCCGGCAUCACCUUCCUGGUCGUCCUGGUCUCUCUGAUCUUCUUCUACCACAGCGCCUCCCGCAGUGUGUUGCAGGCACAGCAGAGGCAGCUGGCAUCCUCCAGCUGCAAGAAGCUCAGGAGGUCACGCAGGAAAAUGUUGGUGCUGGUCAGUGUCUUCUGUGUUUGUUUUGUGCCUUACCACCUGGUCCGCCUUCCCUACAUCUUCCUACACAGGCAGUGCUCUUUGAGCAAAGUGUUUUACUACCUGAAGGAGCUGACCGUCCUGCUGUCAGUUCUUAAUGUCUGCCUGGAUCCGUUCAUCUACUUCAUGUUCUCUAAGGCGUUCCGGGAUGAGAUAAACAUAAGAAAUCUAAUGUGGGUUUUGGUUGGCCAGUCUUCACUGCUGACUGCAGCUGACCUAAAAGUGAAACAGCAACAGUCCUAG